UUGGCUGGUUUUAAUUCAUGUUUGGGAUUCAGGAAAGCAUUCAGAGGAGUGGGAGCAGCAUGAAGGAAGAGCCCCUCGGCGCGGGGAUGAACGCGGUCAGGACCUGGAUGCAGGGAGCCGGCGUCCUGGACGCGAACACGGCCGCCCAGAGCGGGGUGGGCCUGGCCCGGGCGCAUUUCGAGAAGCAGCCGCCGUCCAAUCUGCGGAAAUCCAACUUCUUCCACUUCGUGCUGGCUCUGUACGAUCGGCAGGGGCAGCCCGUGGAGAUCGAGCGCACCGCCUUCGUGGGCUUCGUGGAAAAGGAGAAAGAAGCCAACAGUGAAAAGACCAACAACGGGAUUCAUUACCGGCUGCAGCUUCUCUACAGCAAUGGAAUACGAACAGAACAGGAUUUUUACGUCCGCUUAAUCGACUCCAUGACGAAACAAGCGAUAGUAUAUGAAGGACAAGACAAGAACCCCGAAAUGUGCAGAGUUCUGCUCACUCAUGAAAUAAUGUGCAGCCGCUGUUGUGACAAGAAAAGCUGUGGCAACAGAAAUGAGACUCCUUCAGAUCCAGUGAUAAUUGACAGAUUCUUCUUGAAAUUCUUUCUUAAAUGUAACCAGAACUGCCUAAAAAAUGCAGGAAACCCUCGAGACAUGCGAAGAUUUCAGGUUGUGGUAUCUACAACGGUCAACGUGGAUGGUCAUGUCUUGGCAGUAUCAGAUAACAUGUUUGUACACAACAACUCCAAACAUGGGCGGAGGGCUCGAAGGCUUGAUCCUUCGGAAGGUACGCCUUCUUAUCUGGAACAUGCAGCUACACCAUGUAUCAAAGCCAUCAGUCCAAGUGAAGGAUGGACUACGGGAGGUGCCACUGUCAUCAUCAUAGGAGACAAUUUCUUUGAUGGGUUACAGGUCAUAUUCGGCACCAUGCUGGUCUGGAGUGAGCUUAUUACACCUCAUGCAAUCAGAGUUCAAACACCGCCCCGACACAUCCCUGGUGUAGUAGAGGUCACAUUGUCCUACAAGUCCAAGCAGUUCUGUAAAGGUACCCCUGGAAGAUUCAUCUAUACAGCUCUGAAUGAACCAACCAUUGACUAUGGUUUCCAGAGAUUACAGAAGGUCAUCCCAAGGCAUCCUGGUGACCCUGAACGCUUGCCAAAGGAAGUAAUACUCAAGAGGGCAGCUGAUCUGGUAGAAGCACUCUAUGGUAUGCCACAUAACAACCAGGAAAUAAUUCUGAAAAGAGCAGCCGACAUAGCAGAAGCACUCUACAGCGUCCCUCGCAAUCAUAACCAGCUCCCAGCACUCGCCAACACAUCAGUCCAUGCAGGAAUGAUGGGUGUGAAUUCCUUUAGUGGUCAGCUAGCAGUCAAUGUUUCAGAAGCUUCCCAGGCCACCAAUCAGGGUUUUACUCGCAACUCAAGCAGUGUGUCGCCUCACGGUUACGUGCCAAGCACUACCCCACAGCAGACAAACUACAACUCUGUCACGACAAGCAUGAAUGGCUAUGGAAAUGCUGGAAUGUCUAAUUUAGGUGGAUCUCCAACUUUCUUGAAUGGAUCUGCUGCCAAUUCUCCCUAUGCCAUCGUGCCAUCUAGCCCAACAAUGGCCUCCUCCACUAGCCUCCCUUCUAACUGUAGCAGCUCCUCUGGAAUCUUCUCCUUCUCACCAGCCAACAUGGUCUCAGCAGUGAAACAGAAGAGUGCUUUUGCCCCUGUUGUUAGACCGCAGACUUCCCCUCCCCCCACCUGUACCAGCACCAAUGGGAAUAGCCUGCAAGACCAGUCUUUUGUGGACUCUAGCAAGUACUCCACUGCAGGGUCUCUCCAGGGUCUGGCCUUCUCCUGAACGAUAUCUGGCAUGAUCGUCCCCCCCAUGUGAAAGAAUUGCCUUGAAGAAUUAUACUAAUGAAGAAGGUUGGAUUCUGCUUCGGAACAAAAUCUGACACAAGUCCCAGAGUGGAACUUUUAACUCAGGCCUUUUUCUUUUCUUUCUUUCUUUCUUUCUUUUUUUUAAGAGGAAGUUCACAAUAUCUGCAAAGUUUUUAAACAAAAUAAAGUUUAAAGCCUCGCCAACCUUGCAAAAUAAUACUGAAAUUCAUGAAGAAUCUGGAAGUGCAAGGUGUUUAUUCGAGCUGUCCAUCCCAAGUACUUGGGAGAAAGAUUUAUUUUGUGUCAUGAAGAAAAUCCAUUCAUGUCUUUUUUGGUUUUCCCAACCUUGAUUUAACUCUGCUGCCAU